GCUCCAGUUGUCUGUAAAUGCUGCAGAGGAAUCAUUAGUGAGGCUUCUCCCUGCCAAGCUUUUCUACCAGCACUGUGGUUUUCCUCCUCCCACUCCUCCUCCACUUCCUCGUCUGCAGCCAAAGUGACAGGAGAAAGAGCCAUAGUAACACCAGCGAGCUUUAGGGGGGAAGGAAAAUACCUGAAAGGGUUCCUUUUGCUGAUUGAUGGGUCGCCAGAGCCAAUAGCGGCCCGCGGCAGGGAGCAAGGGGCGGGGUUAGAGUUGUAACCCAAGCUGGGCCGAGGAUAGGUUGAGAUCUGAUGGUGUAGCGCUAGUGCCUUUGCAUGUCUGUGUGUGUGUGAGAGAGUGUGUGAGUGCGUGUAAGGCAGAGGCAGUCAGGGAAUACAGUGUAGCAGUAUCUCUGUCUGGAGAUAGGCUGUUGCAUUUCAGUGCUAACUGCAGCAAACUGACAGGGAUUUUUUUUGGGGGGGAAAGGUUUGGUGAUACACAUUAAUUUUUGUGUUAACGCUGAUGACUCAUAUCCGAGAAAAGGAAGGAAAAAGGUACAACUUAUCCCGGACAAGGAUUUAAAAGAGAAAAACCGAUCCACUGACAGCUGCUUCUUUCUGGCAAGGAGUAGAGAAAUCCGUGUGGGAAAUGUCUGAGCACAGGGCGAAUGAAGCGAAGUUAUCAACGUUGGACAGGGCGGUGAAAGCUGUUCCAUUUCCACCGAGCCACAGGCUUACAGCAAAAGAGGUUUUUGACAAUGAUGGCAAACCUCGAGUAGACAUCUUGAAAGCCCACCUUAUGAAAGAGGGAAGACUUGAAGAAAGUGUUGCCCUUAGGAUAAUUACAGAAGGAGCUUCAAUUCUUCGCCAGGAAAAAAAUUUAUUGGACAUUGAUGCUCCAGUUACAGUGUGUGGGGAUAUUCAUGGGCAGUUCUUUGACUUGAUGAAGUUAUUUGAAGUGGGAGGAUCACCUGCCAACACACGUUACCUCUUUUUAGGAGACUACGUUGACAGAGGAUACUUCAGUAUUGAAUGUGUUCUGUACUUGUGGGCCUUGAAAAUUCUGUAUCCCAAAACUCUCUUUUUACUACGUGGGAAUCAUGAAUGUAGACAUCUUACAGAGUAUUUUACCUUCAAACAAGAAUGUAAAAUAAAGUAUUCAGAAAGAGUAUAUGAUGCCUGCAUGGAUGCCUUUGACUGCCUUCCCUUGGCUGCACUGAUGAAUCAACAAUUCCUUUGUGUGCAUGGUGGCUUAUCUCCAGAAAUCAACACUUUAGAUGACAUUAGAAAAUUAGAUCGGUUUAAAGAGCCCCCUGCGUAUGGACCUAUGUGUGACAUUUUGUGGUCAGAUCCACUGGAAGACUAUGGAAAUGAAAAAAGUCAAGAACAUUUCACUCACAACACAGUUAGAGGUUGCUCAUAUUUUUACAGCUAUCCAGCUGUCUGUGAAUUUCUUCAGCACAAUAAUUUAUUAUCUAUACUUCGAGCUCAUGAAGCCCAGGAUGCUGGGUAUCGUAUGUAUAGAAAAAGCCAAACAACAGGCUUCCCUUCCCUAAUUACAAUAUUUUCAGCACCAAAUUACUUAGAUGUAUACAAUAAUAAAGCUGCAGUAUUGAAAUAUGAGAAUAAUGUCAUGAACAUCCGACAGUUUAACUGUUCUCCGCAUCCAUAUUGGCUUCCAAAUUUCAUGGAUGUUUUCACAUGGUCCUUACCAUUUGUUGGGGAAAAAGUGACAGAAAUGCUUGUAAAUGUCCUUAGUAUCUGCUCAGAUGAUGAACUAGUAUCAGAGGAAGAUGCAUGUGAUGACCAACUUAUUUAUGCACAGAAGAAAGGUGCAACAGCUGCAGCCCGAAAGGAAGUUAUCAGAAACAAGAUUCGAGCUAUUGGGAAAAUGGCAAGAGUGUUCUCUGUUUUGAGAGAAGAGAGUGAAAGUGUGUUAACUCUAAAAGGUCUUACACCCACCGGAAUGUUGCCUAGCGGUGUUCUCUCUGGAGGCAAGCAAACACUCCAAAGUGCUACUAUUGAGGCUAUAGAGGCUGAUGAAGCAAUCAAAGGAUUUUCACCACAACAUAAGAUCACUAGCUUCGAGGAGGCCAAAGGCUUAGAUCGCAUUAAUGAAAGGAUGCCACCCCGUCGAGAUGCUAUGCCUUCAGAUGCCAACCUUAACUCAAUCAACAAGGCUAUUUCUUCAGAGACCAAUGGUACUGACAGCAAUGGCAGUAACAGCAGCAAUAUUCAGUGACCAUUUCCUGUUAAUGAAAUAUUUUUGUAGCUGCAAGGCAUGAUGGGAUUGCUGCACCACAGCAAGUGGGUUUCUUGGUUUGGGUAAAUGCUACUUACUUUUGCGGGCGGGUGUUGAGAAAUUAAGUUUACAAGUUCAUCUUAAAACAAAUAGUCAGAUCUAUUUUAGUGGGGCUCUGGCCUCAUCUGAAUAUGCCUAUAAUUGCUUGUAGAAAACAAAGAAAAAAAACUAUUGCUCAUAUAUAUUACAAAGAUAGGAGGAUAAAAUAUUUUCCAAAUACAUUUGGAAUUUCUAGUUACUUUAUCGAAAGGCCUUCUUUUAGUUACUAAACAUACAGUAUGUUUUUGUUUGAUUUCUUACUAUUGUAUGUUUACAGUUACAGCAUUAAACUAAAAUAAACAUUAAAACAUUUUUAAAACAUAAUGUACAAACUAAAAUAAGGACUAUUUAUUGAUAAUGUUUUGUUACUCUUGUCAGACAUUGGCUGUGUCUUUUUUUCUCCUGAAGAUGCAUGCAAGAGAUUGAAGCAGUUUCUUGCAAGUCUCUCUGAUACCAGGAGGAUUAAAAAAAAACCUUUAUGUGGGCAGUCUUAAUGCCAUUGGUGCUGGUGUCGGAACUUCAGUGUACACAUUUGGCACUGAAUGGGAAAAGGAGGAAGAAUGUUAAAUAAUUUGUUAAAGAUGCCAAAAAAAAGAGCGUAAAGUUUAAUUUUGUACAGAUCAUGCUAACCUCAGGUUACUUUAGUGUGCUUGAAUGCCCUUCUUAUUAUAUAACACACAGCUUACUUAUUUGACAGUAAAUAUUUUUUUCUUUAAGAGCAAGAACUGGAAUAACGAUAAGCAUUUUUUUCUGUUUUAUCUAAGGUUUUUUUGGUAAAUAAAGUAUUGGUUGUGGCUUGCUGACUUUUAAUAUUUAUGAGUGGUGCAUUUUUAAGUAUAGUGUACAAGACACCAUAUUAAGUGCAGUGGAAACAAAAAACAAAAAAAAAAAGCAUCUAUAUUCUGUAAAAAUCUGCCUAUGCAUGUUUUUUAAGACAAAAUGGCUGUAUAGGCCUGUAUGGGACUGUAAUGCGCUUAGUGGUUGGACUCCUACUGGAAAUGUAUGUAUACUGGCAUACUUUAUAUUCUCUAAAAAUGCUUAAUGCCUUUGGAAUUUUGUAAUCAAACAUAUAGAAAAAGCUUUGAAAAAAAAAAAAAAACCUAAAGAGGGGAGAAGAAUAUUCUUAAUGUUUUUUAAACAUAACGCUUGUCGUGCACAUAUAUAUGGUUAGCAUGUUUAGCAAACCUUGUGAAAUUUAAAAGAACUUUGUGGUUACAUGUGAAACUCUUAAGUGCAUGGUAACUGUUAGUGUCAUAAUGGUUUGGUCAUUACGUUUUGUCACGUGCCACAAAUGUGUAAUUUUUUUCACAUUUUUCCCUUUAUAACAUGAGUUAUGAAUUAUUAACGACUCCUGACAUCAAGAAUUUAUUGAGAAAGAUCAGUCCAUUUUUUUUUUUUUUUUUUUUUUUACUAUCAAAUUGUUUAAGUGCCCAAGUAAUUCACUACAGCCUAAAGCCUUGCCUUUGUACUUUGACUUCUGAAAUGUUGGCAAUCGAAGCAUGCACUUGUAACAUGGAGAAAAAGCAUUUUAUAUUACUACUCAAUAAAAUGUGCAUGAACUUAAGCAGC